CUCAGUGCCAAGUACGGCCCUGUGUUCACCGUGUACCUGGGCUCCCGGCCCGUCGUGGUCCUGAGUGGUUACCAGGCGGUCAAGGAGGCCCUGGUGGACCAGGCGGAGGCGUUCUCCGGCCGAGGGAAGAUUGGCGGGCUGGAGAAGACCUUCAAUGGGCACGGCCUCUUCUUUGCCAAUGGAGAGCCGUGGAAAUACCUUCGGAAGUUCACCACCCUCUCUCUAAGAAAUCUGGGCAUGGGGAAGAAGGAGGGGGAAGAGCAGCUUCAGGAGGAGGCCCGCUGCCUGCUGGAAGCAUUACGGAAGACCCGAGGGUCCCCGCUGGACCCUUCCCUGCUCCUGACUCAGGCCGUCUCCAAUAGCAUCUGCAUUCUCCUCUUUGGAAACCGCUUUGACUAUAAAGACGAGAAGUUCCAAGCCAUGGUCCUCGCCGCUGCUGGCAUCCUGACCGAGAUAAGCUCCCCGUGGGGACAGCUGUGCGAGAUGUUCAUGGGCCCCCUCUGCUACUUGUCAGACAUCCUUAAAUACCUCUCGGCUCCCCAUGGCCGGCUCACCCGACACCUGAGCACCCUGGCAGCCUUCUGCUCGGACCAAAUCCAGCAGCACCAGGAGACGCUGGACCCUGAGGCCCCCGCCAGGGACUUUAUUGAUGAUUUCCUGCUCAAAAUGCGCCAGGAAGAAAAGGCCCAAGGAGAAGGGCCUGACCACACAGAUUUCCUGCUGACCACUGUGAACUUGUUGUUUGCGGGGACAGUAACAGUCUCUGCUACACUGAGAUUCGCCUUCCUGCUCCUGCUCAAAUGCCCAGAGUUCCAAGAUCGCAUCCAUGAGGAACUAGACCGAGAGCUUGGGCGGGCCCGGGCCCCUAGCCUAGGAGACCGGGGGCGGCUCCCCUACACGGAUGCCUUCCUGCACGAGGUUCAGAGGUUCUUGGCCCUCAUCCCUAUGGGAGUACCCCGUACCGUCACCAAACCCACCGUCUUCCAGGGCUAUGAACUGCCCCAG